AACGGACUGGAGAGGACAACCGCCCUAGUUCCCACAGGUGGCCCAGGCAGAGCCCACUGAAAAACACUCCCUAGAGUUAGCUGGAGGUGUGUCGGCCCUGCUGAACCAGCUGAGGGAAAACACCAGCUACACGGUGAAACCAAAACCCAUGAGACAACUUUGGGGUGGCAGAGGGACAUCGUGACCAACAUGGCUGAAGGCUAGGUGCCCAUGGAACUUCCCAGGGGCACCUCUGGGGCUGAGGAGUCAGUAGUCCCCAGAAGACUUGGCUGGGGGGUGGAGCUCACAUUGAGCAGCUCCUUGGGGCAGCCAUAGAAGUCUGAUCACAACAGGGGGCACACAGGUACCUCUGUGUGCUGCUGGCAGGAAGCCACGAGCAACCAACGCUGACUGAGAUGAAAAGAAUCCCUCUGGGGAUGGGAUUGAAUUUUCUUAACUGGGACCAGCGCUUCUGGUUACCACUAGAGGUUUCCUCAAUCACCUGUACCCUGGGAUCUGAAGAGCCAUGGUGAGAAGCUACUGAAGUCCUACAAGGGUCGCCUGUCCACCUGUUUCCUGCGUGAACUGCCACAGCGUCAGAGCUGCUGCUCGGCCACCUUCCAGGCCACCUCAAAGCCUCCCUGGCUCUCCUGUUUCAUGCGCAAGAACUAUUGCAGCCAGUCUGCUGAUGCAAUCACAGACAUCAAAACUGAAGGUGUCAAUUGCUGUUCAACUACGACACACACAGCAGGAUGGGGCUGCUGAGCAGCAAGAGGCAGGUCAGCGGUGAGAAGGGCAAGGGCUGGAGCCCCGUGAAGGUCCACGCCCAGAGCAAGGCUCCCCCACCCCUGCCACCUCUGGUUGUCUUCAACCACCUCGCCCCUCCAUCUCCUAACCAGCACCCAGAACAAGGGGAGCAUUUUGUGGUGGCCCUGUUUGACUACGCGGCCGUGAAUGACAGGGACCUGCAGGUGCUGAAGGGAGAGAAGCUCCAGGUCUUGAGGAGCACGGGAGACUGGUGGCUGGCCAGAUCGCUCAUCACCGGAAGAGAAGGCUAUGUGCCCAGCAACUUUGUAGCCCCGGUGGAGACCCUGGAGGUAGAAAAAUGGUUCUUCAGGACCAUCAGCCGGAAGGAUGCUGAAAGGCAGCUGCUGGCUCCGAUGAACAAGGCUGGUGCCUUCCUCAUCAGAGAGAGUGAGAGCAAUCAAGGUGCCUUUUCCCUGUCUGUGAAGGAUGUCACCACCCAGGGGGAGGUGGUCAAGCACUAUAAGAUCCGCUCCCUGGACGACGGUGGCUAUUACAUCUCUCCUCGGGUCACCUUCCCCACCCUCCAGGCCCUGGUGCAGCACUAUUCCAAGAAAGGGGAUGGUUUGUGCCAGAAGUUGACCCUGCCCUGUGUGAGCCCAGCCCCGAAGAACCCCUGGGCACAGGAUGAAUGGGAAAUCCCCAGGCAGUCUCUCAAGCUGGUCCGGAAACUUGGGUCUGGGCAGUUUGGAGAAGUCUGGAUGGGUUAUUACAAAAACAAUGUGAAGGUGGCUGUCAAGACUCUGAAGGAGGGAACCAUGUCUCCAGAAGCGUUCCUGGGCGAGGCCAAUGUGAUGAAAAGCCUUCAGCACGAAAGGCUGGUCCGUCUUUAUGCCGUGGUCACCAGAGAGCCCAUCUACAUUGUCACUGAGUACAUGGCCAGAGGAUGCUUGCUGGAUUUUCUGAAAACGGAUGAAGGCAGCAGAUUGUCCCUCCCCAGGCUGAUUGACAUGUCAGCCCAGAUCGCAGAGGGGAUGGCUUACAUAGAGCGCAUGAAUUCCAUUCACCGUGACCUGCGGGCGGCCAACAUCCUGGUAUCUGAGACCUUGUGUUGCAAAAUCGCUGACUUCGGCUUGGCCAGGAUCAUCGACAGUGAAUACACUGCCCAAGAGGGGGCCAAGUUCCCCAUCAAGUGGACUGCCCCAGAGGCCAUCCACUUCGGGGUGUUCACCAUCAAGGCUGAUGUAUGGUCCUUCGGAGUCCUGCUGAUGGAGAUCAUCACAUACGGGCGUGUUCCCUACCCAGGGAUGAGUAACCCUGAGGUCAUCCGCAGCCUGGAGCAAGGCUAUCGCAUGCCGUGCCCGGAGACGUGUCCACCAGAGUUGUACCGUGACAUCAUCACCGAGUGCUGGCGAGGCCGGCCUGAGGAGCGACCCACCUUUGAGUUUCUGCAGUCGGUGUUGGAAGACUUCUACACAGCCACGGAGGGCCAGUAUGAGCUGCAGCCCUAGCCACCCCCGGACGCUGCAGGGCUCCCUGCCUGAGCCUCCUGCUAGACGCUUACUUCGGGUUAAUUGUUCUCACCUGGCUCCUCUUCUAGACCAGACAGGCUGUAAAAUCAGGACGGAAUGGCUUACCUACUUUUCAAGUGAGGGAACCAGGAGACUUCAUGGUCGGGCGUGGACUCUGAAGGCAGAUCUCUGGUCCACCCUUCACUGGCCGUGUGCCUUUGGGUGUGUUAGCUAGCCACUCUGUGUCUCCCAUUCCUUGCAUGUAAAACAAGGAAAGAUUGUAUUAGAACUUCCCUACAAUUGUGUUCAGGCCCGGGAGGGUGCUGAGAGCUCAGUCUGAACUGUAAGUGAUGGACAAUGUGUAAGGCUGUCGUAAGCCAGAGGGUGGCUGAUGGCAGACACCAGGGGUCCUACUUCUCUGGCCUUCAGAGCCUCAACAUCAAGUGCCUCCCUGUCUGCUGCUCCGGAACCUCCAGGUAGCCCUGGCCUGUCUGUGCCCCUGCACUUUGGGACUUUUCUAUAAUAAACUCAUGAGAGUUUUA